AGCGUCUGGGCCGAGGAAUCUCUUUUCCUCUGGCUGCGAGACUUUCGAUGUCUGCAGCCGUGCGAGGCGCUGAUAAGCUGGGCGCUCAGGAGACAGGCGCCCUCUCGGCGCAACCUCGGGGAGACAAACGCUACUGCAGCCCAGGUUACGAAGCGCCUCGGCCGGGAAAGGCUGUUUCCCUGCAAGGCGUGCCUGCGCGGCCUGGCGCCCUCUCUCCACCAGAGGGACUGAGCUGGCGGCGCUUAGUAACCUGAGCCCUCCUCUUCCUUAGGAGAAGUUUCAUGCUGGCGCUGGAGAGGCUCGAGGAGGAGCUUCUACUCCUGUUGCUGCAGCGAGAGCAGGCGUGGAGAAAGCUGAGAUGCCCAGACAGUUCCCAAAGCUAAACCUCUCUGAGGUUGAUGAGUCGGUGCGGCUUCUAGCCGAAAAGGUUUUUGCCAAAGUUCUUCGAGAAGAAGACAGCAAAGAUGCCUUGUCACUAUUCACCGUGCCUGAGGAUUGUCCUAUUGGGCAACAAGAGGCAAAAGAAAGAGAGCUACAGAAGGAGAUGGCAGAGCAACAGUCGUUGGAGACAGCGAAAAGGAAGAAAAGUUUCAAGAUGAUUCGGUCCCAGUCCUUGUCACUGCAAAUUCCACCGCAGGAAUUGAGAGCUCAGUCAGACACCCCAGUUGUGUCUCCUCCUACUCCAGUACUUCCAGGUGCUUUGCAACCCACCCAAAGGAUGUAUGAUGUACCAGAAUUUCAAAGAGUUACAAUUAGUGGGGAUUACUGUGCUGGGGUUACUGUUGAUGAUUAUGAGCAGGCUGCCAAGAAUUUGGCAAAAGCUCUCUUUAUUAGAGAGAAGUACUGUCGCCUUGCUUACCAUCGCUUUCCAAGGACAACGGCCCAAUAUUUAUGCAGUAUGAGAAAUGAACAAUGGAAAGAUGAAGAUGAAGUACUUCCAGAUUUUCAUCCACCCCCGAAAGACCUGCAGGACCUUUACAAUCUUGAUGAUUCUCCAGGGAACCUAGAUUAUGUUGUAAAGAUGAAGGAAGGCAUUUUCUUCGUUUAUGAAAACAAAGAAAUGAUGGAAGUUGAUGAGCCGUGGAACUUGCCUUAUCCUGAUCUUCAGACUUACACCCUUGACCUCAGUCAUGUGCUGGCUCUCAUUGCAGAUGGCCCAACAAAAACAUACUGCCAUAAGCGGCUUAACUUUCUAGGAUCUAAGUUUGGUUUACAUGAGAUGUUAAAUGAAAUGUCUGAACUUAAAGAACUCAAGAGUAAUCCUCAUCGGGAUUUUUACAAUGUGAGAAAGGUUGAUACCCAUAUCCAUGCUGCUGCCUGUAUGAACCAGAAACAUUUGCUGAGGUUCAUUAAGCACACUUAUCAAACAGAGCCAAACAGGAUAGUGGGAGAGAAAAAAGGCAAGAAGUUAACUUUAAAGCAGGUGUUUGAAAAUCUCAACAUGGAUCCCUACGAUCUCACUGUAGAUUCACUAGAUGUCCAUGCAGAUCGCCAGACAUUUCACCGAUUUGAUAAGUUCAACUCCAAAUAUAAUCCAGUUGGUGCAAGUGAGCUGAGGGACUUGUACUUGAAAACAGAGAACUAUAUUGGUGGUGAAUAUUUUGCUCGUAUGGUGAAGGAAGUUGCCCGUGAACUGGAAGAAAGUAAGUACCAGUACACAGAACCUCGGCUGUCAAUUUAUGGGCGUUCUCCAGAUGAAUGGCCGAAUUUAGCUAAGUGGUUCAUCAGGCACAAAGUUUACUCACCGCACAUGCGCUGGAUGAUUCAGGUCCCUAGAAUCUAUGAUAUUUUUAGGUCAAAAAAUAUUCUGCCUAGCUUUGGCAAAAUGCUAGAGAACAUCUUCUUACCUCUGUUUGAGGCAACUAUCAACCCAUUGGAACAUAAAGAGCUGCACCUCUUCCUUAAAUAUGUGACAGGGUUUGAUAGUGUGGAUGAUGAAUCCAAACAUAGUGACCACAUGUUCUCUGACAAGAGCCCCAACCCUGAUAUCUGGACUAGUGAAAAAAAUCCUCCAUAUAGCUAUUACUUGUACUACAUGUACAUAAACAUCAUGGUUCUGAACAACCUUAGAAAGGAAAGAGGCAUGAGCACCUUCCUGUUUCGGCCUCAUUGUGGAGAAGCUGGAUCGAUCACUCACCUGGUGUCAGCAUUUCUUACUGCAGACAACAUUUCCCAUGGAUUACUGCUGAAGAAGAGUCCAGUUCUCCAGUAUCUUUUUUAUCUUGCACAAAUCCCCAUUGCCAUGUCCCCUCUUAGCAACAACAGCCUAUUCCUGGAGUAUUCAAAAAACCCACUCCGAGAAUUUCUACACAAGGGACUCCAUGUUUCUCUGUCUACAGAUGACCCUAUGCAGUUCCACUAUACAAAAGAAGCACUGAUGGAGGAAUAUGCCAUAGCAGCUCAAGUGUGGAAACUGAGCACGUGUGACUUGUGUGAAUUAGCAAGGAACAGUGUACUACAAAGUGGUUUGUCGCAUAAGGAAAAACAGAAAUGCAUAGGGACAAACUAUUCCAGCGAAGGGCCUGAAGGAAACGACAUUCGAAAGACUAAUGUUGCACAGAUUCGGAUGGCUUACAGAUAUGAGAACCUAUGCAACGAGCUGAGUUUCCUAGCUGAUGCAAUGAAGACAGAUGAGAUUACUGCACUGUCAAAAUAGCCACAGUAUCGUGCAAAGGACAGAAGCGUAUGAACAUAAGAGGACUUGAGCAACUGCAGGGGGAGAGCUGCCUGGUGAUCAGGAGUCUUAUGUUGCGUCAGACUUGGCUGCAAAGUCUGGUUUAUGUAAGCAUAGUUAGGGCUGCUGUACAUAUUCAGAUGCAGGGUCUGAAUCUUCUUUAUGCUGCAUUUAACGUUUAAAAGUGCACUCCGAAUCUAGGCAUAAUAUUUAUAGUGUUUGCAUCUGGGAUACUUAAGUGUCUGCUUUGAAACAAGCAACAUGCCGCAGCUUCUGGUAGCACACAUGCACCUCUUUUGCCAUGCUUAGCUAGCAGUAGGCAAGGAUUUAUGGCACUUUAAUCUCUAGUUUGUGUACACUCUUUGAUCUGUAUUGCAAUGAAUGUAGGGAAGAAAAAGAAUAUGACCAAAGAGCUGCAUGUUUUUCCUGGUUGCACACGACAGGAAAACCUAUUCACCACUUUUGUCUACGUUUUGUCUGUCUAUACCCCAUAUAAAAUACAAUAAAUUGUAGGUGUGGCCAUUGCUCUUGUAGUUUCA